GGACACAACACAAAUCAAUAAACGCCGUCACAAAGAGUCACACUCACUGUGUGCAGCAUUUCAGCAGCGGAGCCUCUCCACUCUGCCUUCCUCUCUCCGUCGUAGCCACCACCACUGCGAUUACACGAAGAGAGAGAGAGAGAGAGAAUGCAGGCUCUUCAUCUCCGAUAAUCGCCUUAGCACCGAUCAUUUGCCGAAAAAUCAGGAUCUUCUAGAUCUUCAACCAUAGUACGGGUGAGGUCUUGAUUGAGCUUCUCAGGGUUUAAUCAAUGGCUUCGGAGGACGUUAAGACGAGGGAAUCUGCCGUCUCUACUUUUGUGAAUCUCGCCGAAGAGGCAAAGCUGGCUAGGGAAGGAGUUAAGGCUCCGAGUUAUGCGAUCCUCACUAUCUGCAAAUCUCUGUUCGCAGGAGGAGUCGCCGGAGGCGUGUCACGCACUGCUGUAGCACCUUUGGAACGGUUAAAAAUAUUGCUACAGGUUCAAAAUCCCCAUAACAUAAAAUACAGUGGUACUGUUCAAGGCUUGAAAUAUAUAUGGAGAACUGAGGGCUUCAGAGGAUUGUUUAAAGGCAAUGGUACUAAUUGUGCUCGUAUUGUCCCAAACUCAGCAGUCAAGUUCUUCAGCUAUGAGCAAGCUUCCAAGGGUAUAUUGACGCUAUACCAGCAGCAAACUGGCAAUGAAGAUGCGCAGCUCACUCCUGUUUUGCGCCUUGGAGCUGGAGCCUGUGCUGGAAUAAUUGCCAUGUCUGCAACCUAUCCUAUGGACAUGGUACGAGGAAGGCUGACUGUACAGACAGAGAAAUCUCCUUAUCAGUACAGAGGAAUGUUCCAUGCUUUGUCAACCGUGCUACGGGAGGAAGGACCACGGGCUCUGUAUAAGGGCUGGCUUCCUUCUGUCAUUGGCGUUAUUCCGUACGUGGGUCUCAACUUUGCUGUGUAUGAAUCUCUAAAGGAUUGGUUGAUCAAAACUCGGCCUUUUGGACUUGUUGAAGAUUCUGAGUUAGGUGUGACCACAAGGCUUGUGUGUGGGGCUGCUGCAGGAACUGUUGGCCAAACUGUUGCUUACCCUCUCGAUGUCAUUCGACGAAGAAUGCAAAUGGUGGGAUGGAAAGAUGCUGCUUCAAUUGUCACAGGUGAUGGAAGGAGCAAGGUUCCUCUUGAAUAUACAGGCAUGAUUGAUGCUUUCAGAAAAACUGUUCGGCAUGAGGGUGUUAGAGCACUGUACAAGGGUUUGGUUCCCAAUUCAGUGAAGGUUGUCCCAUCUAUAGCUAUAGCCUUUGUGACCUAUGAGCAGGUGAAGGACCUCCUGGGAGUUGAGAUCAGAAUAUCAGACUGAUCCGCUAGGAAUCCUUUCAUUUGUUCUACAAUUGUAAUCUUUUUGUAGGCAGAGGAGAAGAGAGACGGGGUAAACCAGGGGUUUCUCCCGUCUUAGAGAGAGAAUUAGAGACCCUAUUGAGCCCGUGUUUUAUAUAUCUACAUCCACUUGUUUAGCUAUGUAUGUUUUCUUUGAAAAACUACCCAUUCAUAUGCUAUGUCAAUAAGUAUUUGCAAAGAUUGAUGCCCUGCAAUUCGAGUCAGUAAAAAAGUAGAUCGAUGUCACUGCUUGUCUUGUAGAAGGAUCGUCUUUAUAUUCUCCACGGAUCAUUUGAUUUAAUUGAAGAAGGUGAAUGCGAAAUAAAAUUUUGAAUAUACCAAAUUUUUUAGAGAAUAUGAUGCCAGAUA